AUGCCUAUCCCAAUUCCCCAAGCAAACAACCUAACUGAUCUUUUCAGCCUAAAGGGCAAGGUGAUCGUGGUAACUGGUGCCUCCAACCCCCGCGGCAUCGGCUUUGAAGCUGCCCGCGGCUGCGCCGAAAUGGGCGCCUCCGUGGCAAUCACUUACUUCACCCACGAAGACAGCGCAAAGCAAAACGCUGAAGCCCUCACCAAGGAUUACAAUAUUAAGGCACAGGCCUACCACUGCGAUGUUCGCGACUAUGCCGCCGCAAAGACCCUAGUUGACCAGGUUCUCCAAGACUUUGGUCAAAUUGACGGAUUUAUUGCAAACGCGGGCCGUGCAGCAGACGCUGGCGUGCUUGAAAGCAGCGUUGCAGACUGGAUGGAGAUCUUGCAGACAGACCUUAAUGGCACAUUCCACUGCGCGAAGGCAGUUGGUGAGCACUUCAAGGCGCAGGGACAAGGAUCGUUUGUGGUGACAUCGUCGAUGUCAGGCCACAUUGCGAAUUUCCCACAGGAGCAGACAUCAUACAAUGUUGCUAAGGCGGGGUGUGUGCAUUUGGCUCGAUCGUUGGCUAAUGAGUGGAGGGAUUUUGCGCGAGUGAACUCUGUGUCGCCGGGGUAUAUUGAUACGGGGUUAUCGGAUUAUAUUGGGAAGGAGACCAAGGAUUUAUGGAUUUCGAUGAUUCCGCUGGGGAGGAAUGGGGUUGCGAAGGAGUUGAAGGGGCUGUAUGUCUAUUUGGUUAGUGAUGCUAGUACUUACACUACUGGUGCGGAUAUUGUUGUCGAUGGGGGAUACACCGCGCGGUAA